AUGGCCGCCACCAUGAUACAACAACCCUACCCAAUUCAUCAGCAACAGUCGCAGUACAGUUACAUGGCUCAGCCUCAAGGCCCGCCUUCGCCGCCCAUGGACGACAACAAGUGCUCGCUUCCAUCCAUCUCGAACCUGUUGGGCUUGGCGGAUCAAGGAUCACCAACCUCUGAGACCUCAGCCCAAUUCCGUGAGGAGCAGAAGCAACAACAAGCAGCACAACAAUCAAGGCCCAGCUCGUCACACUACAACAAUGCCAUACAGUCUGUGCGCCAGGGUAUCCCACCAACGCCGCCUAUGACUUCUGAGACCUCAUUCGAUGGUUACAACUCGCCCUCAAACAAGUCGGUCAGCCAGCUUCCCGCCACUGGCUACUACUUUGAGGCGACGCCACCCCCAGGACACAUGGAGAUGGAGCCCCGCCCGCACAUGACCAGCGUUUCCAGGGUACCGGUUCAGGCUCCUUUCGCACAGUCUGCCUAUUCAGCUCCCUAUGGCAUGGCCCCCAGCAACCCGAUGGCAGCCUACUACCCGACGAUGCAGCCUACGCCGCCUCCUCAGCAGCCUCAGAUUUCUAGCCUCUACUACCAGAGACCCCUCCCUCAGGCCUUCCCUCCCAUGCCUGUCAACGUCUCCAUGGGACCUCAGUCUGGCGCCAACCCUUGGCAGCACCACCACUACAUCUCUCCGUCUGCCGCGGCAUCUUUCCCUCAGUCUCAGGACCGCUACAUCUGCCAGACCUGCAACAAGGCCUUUUCUCGCCCGAGCUCCCUGAGGAUACACAGCCAUUCGCACACCGGCGAGAAGCCUUUCAAGUGCCCUCACGCCGGAUGCGGCAAGGCUUUCAGCGUGCGCAGCAACAUGAAGCGCCACGAGAGGGGCUGCCACAACUAUGACAGCAGCAGCAGCAACAGCACCACCAUGCACUGA